GGGCCGGUGGAGGGGGGCGCUAGGUCGCGGCCCGGAAGACAAAAGAAGGGCGCUCGAGGCGGUAUUUUGGCGCGUCGUCGCAUUUUGCCCCGGGUGGGGGAGGCGGUGGAAGGGGGCGGUCAGUUCGCGUCGAGCCGCAACACCACGUGGUUCGGAACCUGGUCGUCCCAGCCGCGCCCACUCCGCCGGUCGCCCUCAGGAUUCUAGCUCCGGACAGCGCAGCAUGAGCUCAGCCCGCAGCGCCAGGCCGCACAGCCUGUCCGUCUCGCUGCAGCGGGACGGGGUGUCCACGCCGUGGGGCAUCAGGAUCGUGGGCGGCUGCGACCUGGGCGCGCCCAUCGUCGUCACCAAGGUGCAGCUGGGCAGCCCGGCGGACAAGCUGCUGCAGUGCGGCGACGUGGUGAAGAAGAUCAACGACUACGACGCGCGCGACCUGCGUCACGAGGACGUGCACGGGCUGUUCAAGUCUUCCGGCAGCACCAUCAGCCUCAUCGUCGAGAGGGACGCCGGGCGCCGAGACAGCGUCCCAGCGGCGCCCUGGAGCCUGCCGCACUCGGGCGCACCGACCACGACGUCCUUCGACAGGAGGCCGCCGAGCGCCGCCAUGGAUCUCUUCCCCCAGCAGGACGAGAGCUCGGCGCUGCUGAACCAGCCGUACCGCACGACGCCGCUGGUGCUGCCAGGGGCCAAGGUGAAGAAGGACAGUCCGUCGAACACCAUGUCGUACCUGCGUCACCACCCCAACCCGCUGUUCCGCGCCGCACCCCCGCACUACGACUCCACGGCCGAGGUGCUCAUGAAGCAGAAGGUGGCUGACACGGUGUUGCAGAGAGUAGUUGGGGAAGAGACCACUGCAAAGCAGCAAGUGGUACACAAGCAGUUCAACUCGCCCAUCGGACUGUAUUCAGAGCAGAAUAUUGCCGACACCAUCCGCUCACAGACUGGUGUCACGCCGGUAGGAAGAGUGAGAACUGGAACGCUCAACCCAAGAAACCAGGCAAAAGCGAGCCUAAAGAAAGCUGUGAACUAUGACCCCGCCAAGUCGGAGACCUACAAGGCGCUGCAAGAGGCGGAGCUCGGCGACGCCGUGCAAGAGGUCACUGUCCCGGUGCAACACAAGGUGUUCGCGCCGCACAAGCCGGCGCCCAGCAAACCUGCCCCCAUCAAGCUAAGUGCCUUAGGAACUCCUGAAGAAACGAUUCAUCAAAGCGGCAGCUUCAAGCGUCUAAUGUAUGCAGUUUUAGGUGAAUCUUAAAUGUGAUAUAUUUUGUGAGCAAAUAUGGGAAAUCAUGAGAUACCAUCUUUGAUUUGUUUUGGAGAGUAUCCUCUACGUAAUAUAUUGUUACGAAUGCAUGGAUAGGACAUUCUGGCCGUUGUUUGUGUAACCACUAAUGGCAAUACAAGCAUAUAAAUAAUUAGUUCCUUCACUUUAAAAAGUAGCUAUGCUUUGCUUCUUGCACUGUAGAUCACACACAAUUGUCAAAUUUGUUGUUUUGCAUUCAUUUUUGAAUGUUGUGCUUUGUGGAAUGUCCUGUGCUGGCUAAUCUGUAUUCAGUGUACAAUAAUCAUGUAAAUCAGUUAGUACAGCUCUGAUUUGUGAAAGAAAUUAGUCCUUUGCUAUGCGGUUGAAGUUGUAUAAUUGAUUGUUUGGCACACUCCAAUUUCUCUUUGGAUGUUAUUUUAAAUGUAAAAAAAAAAUUAAUAGUUGCUUUAUAAGAAUAUAUUCCUGUGAACUUAAAAAGUAAUUAAAACUAUUUUGUUGGUACAGCUUACAGUUUUUUAUGUAUUAUCAAACUGUCAUCAAAAUCAUGUGCUCUUCUGUACUUCAGUGUUGAGAGAAAUGUUAUAGUUUGGUAUGUUUCGAAGUCCUUAAAAUACCUUGUAAAUUUUCCCCUUUGUAAUACAUGUGUUUGUAAUAAAUUCCUGUAUAUUUUGGUGAUCAGUUUGAUUACAAAUUGGCAUUUGGCAAAAAAAAAUUAAAUAUUAUUUUACAUGGUGUUAUGUCCUAGCCUUAGCCCUUCAUGAGAAUUUAUUCUGCUUCAGUGCUUCUGAUCUUCUAUUGAGUGUUAAGAAUUUUAUUCAAAGCAAUAAAAAAUUAUUUGUUUUUAAAAUAAA